AUGUAUCAAAACUCUAGUAAAGGAGAUGAAAGGGUAAGCAAACCAACCAAUGAUGGAAAAGAAGAUGAAAACGGAGAGGAAAAAGAUAAAGAACCACCUUAUUUGCCUCCACCGCCAUACAAACCACCUGUACCUUUUUCCCAAAGACUUGUAAAAUCCAAAAAUGAAGGACAAUUCAAGAAAUUCGUAGAACUUCUGAAGCAACUUAACAUCACUAUGCCAUUCACAAAAGCCAUUACGCAAAUUCCUCCAUAUGCUAAAUUCCUUAAAGAGGUUCUAUCCAACAAGAAAAAGCUUGAGGAUGAAGAAAUUGUUAUGCUUACUACCAAGUGUAGCGCUAUUAUUCAAAAUAGCAUGCCCCCUAAACUGAAAGACCCUGGUAGCUUUUCCAUACCAUGUGUAAUCGAAAAGUUUAUCAUAGACAAAGCUUCAUGCGAUUUAGGAGCCAGUGUUAGUCUAAUGCUCUUAUCCACAUGCGAAAAACUCAAUCUAGGAGAAUUAAGACCAACAAAGAUGUCUCUACAACUAGAUGACCGCUCUGUUAAAUUUCCAAUAGGUAUGCUAGAGAACAUUCUCGUUCGUAUAAGACAAUUUUAUAUUCCCAUCGACUUUGUAAUAAUGGAUAUAAAUGAGGAUUCCCACAUCCCUAUUAUUUAG